AAGACACUUCAUCCAACUUUCUUGUUGUAAUUGGUGCGUACCAAACACCAUGGCCACCAUACCGGAAGAAGCAGAGCCGCCUUGGGAAGAGCUUCUGGGCAGUAACAACUGGGACACUCUUCUCGACCCGCUCAACCUCUCCCUCCGCCAACUCAUCCUCCGCUGUGGCGACUUCUGUCAGGCCGCCCACGACGCCUUUAACAACGACCAGUACUCCAAGUACUGUGGCUCCAGCCGCUACUGUAAGUCGACUUUCUUCCACAAAGUCAUGCUCGAAUCUGCCUCCGAUUAUGUCGUCUCCUCCUUCCUUUACGCCACUGCUCGCGUCAGCCUCCCCGAAUCCUUCCUCCUCCACUCCAAGUCUCGUGAGAAAUGGGACCGCGAGUCAAACUGGGUCGGUUACAUUGCCGUGACUUCUGAUGCAAGAACAAAAGCCUUGGGUCGCCGCGAGAUCUACGUCGUUUGGCGCGGUACCAACAGGAAGUACGAGUGGGUCGAUGUCCUCGGUGCAGAGCUCACAUCCGCUGAAUGUCUGCUGCAUCCAAUUACUGAUCAGAGCAAAUUAAUUAAAUCAGACAGUGGCGGAGGUAACAUGCUGGGUUGCUUCCUCCAAUUACUCUGCGGUUGCAGAGACGACGACAAGGAGAAGACCCCUAAAGUGAUGCUGGGUUGGCUGACGUUAUACAUCUCCGAUGAUCCAAAAUCGCAAUUCACCAAACAAAGCGCAAGGACCCAACUUCUGAGUAAGAUCAAAUCCUUGAUUGAGGAAUACAAAAAUGAAAAUCCGAGCAUCAUAUUCACCGGACACAGUCUGGGGGCUUCAUUGUCCGUCGUUAGUGCAUUGGAUGUGGCACAGAACGUAACAGAUGAUAUUCCGGUGACUGCUUUUGUGUUUGGUUGUCCACGGGUCGGGAACAAGGCUUUCAAGGAAAGAAUAGAACGGCACAAAAACUUAAAUAUUCUUCACAUCCGAAACACCAUCGAUUUCAUACCCCAUUAUCCCACCAAAUUGUUGGGGUAUGUGUACAUUGGAACGGAGCUGGUGGUUGACACGAGGAAGUCGAAUUGCUUGAAGAAAUCGAAGAAUCCUGGAGAUUGGCAUAAUUUGCAGGCAUUGUUGCAUGUGGUGGCCGGGUGGAAUGGAGAGAAGGAAGAAUUUGAGCUCAAGGUGAAGAGGAGCUUGGCACUGGUGAACAAGUCUUGUGACUUCCUCAAAGACGAGUACUCGGUGCCGGGGUCGUGGUGGGUGGAGAAGAACAAAGGGCUUGUGAGGAAUGAAGAUGGAGAGUGGUUGUGUGCUCCACCGGACGACGAUGACAUGCCGUUUCCUUGAAUUAGUUUGACCCUUUGAUUGGUGAGGGUUUUUUUUUUUUUUUUUUUUUUUUUGUAAUGUUAUAGUUAUAAUGGCAAAUAAUAUUGUAAACUUACA